UUUAGGUACCAAGAAAAUGGAAUACAAGACCAGACAAUGGCAUGAAAAUUGCUUCUGUUGCUGCGUUUGCAAAAUGGCAAUCGGUACCAAAUCCUUUAUACCAAGGGAACAAGAGAUCUAUUGCGCUGGAUGUUAUGAAGAGAAAUUUGCCACUCGUUGCAUUAAAUGCAACAAGGUAAUCACUUCCGGUGGUGUUACUUACAAAAAUGAACCAUGGCAUCGUGAAUGCUUCACUUGCACCCAUUGCAAUAUUACUUUAGCUGGGCAGCGAUUCACAAGUCGCGAUGAGAAACCCUACUGUGCUGAGUGUUUCGGCGAGCUCUUCGCUAAACGUUGUACAGCAUGUGUUAAGCCAAUAACAGGCAUUGGCGGCACACGUUUCAUUUCAUUUGAGGAUCGUCACUGGCAUCACGAUUGCUUUGUAUGUGCCAGUUGCAAAACAAGUCUAGUCGGACGCGGUUUUAUCACCGAUGGACCUGAUAUUAUUUGCCCAGAAUGCGCCAAACAAAAAUUGAUGUAAAAACCUAUCAAACAGAAAAUAAAUUCGAACUAAAAUCAAAACAUACACAAACAAUAAAAAUAUAAAAAUAGCACAAAA